AUGAGUACCAUUGAAUCAAGUGUUACAAGGCUCCUAGUGGCUACAAAGCACCUUUUGGAAAGUCUUACACAAUGGGCAAAAAAGUCAGCUACAGAGACAGAUAUAUCGGAUUCUUACGUCCAAUUGGGGAAUGAGUUCAAAGUUGCCUGUAGGGCGUUUUCCAAUGCUGGUGUUGAUGUUACUGAUUUGGGUGAUGUCCCACACUCUUUAAGAGUCGUUUUAGAAGAAGCAUUGUGUGAACCACCUUCACAGGAAAGCCUAGACAAAUUCUUACCAACAAUCAGAGAAAUUAUUGUGACACUACUUCAAAAUUUGAAAAAUAAGCAGGCGAUGGUGCGUUCUUUGAGGGCCAACCGCUCUGAUGAUCCAAAUAGAGCACAUAGAGCACAAGAAGAUGAGACACACAAGAGGUCAGUAUCAAAUUCUUCGGCCAUUUCUGGGAGACCUUCUGCAUCACAAAAUGAAUUCAGAAGUCCAGCUGCUACAAACAAUGCCCUUCUUCAGCUUCAAAAGGGGGACUCUUUACAGCGUCGUGCUUCAAGGAGGUUUUCAGCUUAUCAAUAUGCUAAACUUACAAACUAUUCACCUGGGAGAGAUCCUGAGCUUCCAAUAGAUCGUGGCCAAGUUGAAUCAAGGAAAGGUCCUGGACUGAGCUCCCUUCAGCUGGAAUCCACAAAGGAUGUCGCUAAAGAGGGUGAAGAUGGCAGCAUCAAUGUUUUCUUGAAAAUUGAGGAAAAGGUUAAAAAGGCGGUGUUAUCCACUCCAGUUUCAUUCACAUCAUUGAGAUUAUUGUUUGUUGAAAAAUUUGCUUACUCACCAGGUUCCGGCUCAUUUCCUGACAUCUACAUACAAGAUAAUGUAAAUGGGGUAUCAUAUAUGUUAGAGGAACAUCUGUUCUCCGAUAUCAAGGAAGGUUCAAUAAUAUCACUAAGUAUAAAUAAAACUGAUGAUUUCCUAAGGGAACUCAAAACAUCUUUGCAGUCAUUUCAAGAUGACUUCAAGUCGAAAUACGACCAAUUUACACAAAGCACAAAAGAGUAUGUUGAAGAUUCCAAUAAGAACAUGCUCGAUAAACUCGAUGCACCCCUUGAAAAAAAGCCAACCCGAUCAAUGUUGGAAUUGGAUGACAUGUCGGAUCUUAUUGAUAUUCGUCAUGAAGUUUCAGUGAUUAAGCAAAUCAACAACACCAAUAAAGCAUCUUUCAAGUCAUCUGUUGAGCAAGUUUUACAAAAAGUCAAUGAGUUCAAGGCCCUUUCGUUUGAAUCCUCAAAAUCAUCCAACAGAGCGUACAUGGAAGAGUCACACCAAAAGCUCUCCACUACUUCAGAUGGCUUGUUGACCAAGUUUGACGAUUUACAAGAUGUGAUUGAAGCUUUGAGAAAGGAUGUUGCUCAAAGAGGUUCUCGUCCUUCUCAAAAACAAUUGGAGCAUGUCUCAAAACAAAUCACUGAUGCAACUUCUGACCUUGAUACAAUGGUUAAGUAUAUUUCAACAGAAAAACCAAAUUGGAAAAAAAUUUGGGAGAGUGAAUUGGAUACAGUAUGUUCCGAACAACAAUUUUUAACACUACAAGAGGAUCUUGCUCAUGACUUGAAAGAAGACUUGGAAAAGGCCACUGAAACAUUUGAUCUUGUGAAGCAAUGCUGUGAGGAACAAUCAAAAAACCCAAAGAUGCGUGCAGCAAAUCUUCCUAUCCCAGAACCAGGAAGUAUGGGAAACUUGAGAGAUGCACUUCUAUCAGAAGUUGAGGCGUUGAGGCCAAAUCAUGAUGGCCGUGUUGAAGCUAUUGAGAAAGCUGAAAAGCUCAGGCAGAGGGAAAGACAACUUUCAAUGCUUAAUGGGUUUGAAGAAGAACUGGGUGGAUUUGUUGAAAACGCAAAGUUGAAAAAGAGUGGUGGUAUCGAAGAGGUAGAAAGAGUUCGAAAAAUGAAGGAUGAACAAAAUUUAAGAAGCAACUUUGCUCCAUUUUAA